AAGGCAUCAUGCGCUACACGGACUGGACAACCCGGGUCAACUUGGCAGUGGCUCGCAGCCCUGUCGGGAAAUGGUUUCGUCUGGAGAAUUCGGGUCACCCCAAGGAACGAAAAGGCAGUUUUUUCUUUACCGAGCUUCGCGCUGGCUUAGCUACCUUUUUCGCCAUGGCCUAUAUUAUUAGCGUUAAUGCAACCAUCACGUCCGACACCGGCGGAACCUGCGUCUGUCCGCCCGAAAGUUAUGCUGACCAAUGUGACACCAACACCGAGUAUCUGCUGUGCGUGCAGGAGGUCAAGCGCGAUAUUGUCACCGCCACGGCCGCAAUCGCGGCGCUGUCUACCUUCUGCAUGGGCGUCUUCUCGAAUUUGCCGGUGGCCCUAGCCCCGGGCAUGGGGCUGAACGCAUACUUUGCGUACACCGUGGUCGGACACCACGGAUUUGGCAUGAUCCCGUACAGAGUGGCUCUGACGGCGGUCUUCGUGGAGGGGUUCGUCUUCUUGGCCCUGACGCUGUUGGGUAUCCGCCAGUGGCUGGCCCGCGCACUGCCGGCGUCGAUCAAGCUGGCCACCGGAACCGGCAUUGGGCUAUAUCUUACAUUGAUCGGCCUGACUUACAGUGCGGGAAUUGGUCUAGUGACGGGAGCCACCGACUCACCUAUUGAACUGGCUGGUUGCGUCGACGGUGUCCGCGAUGCGACCACUGGCCUGUGUCCGUCUGAUGCAAAGAUGCGCAAUCCGGCCAUGUGGAUCGGAAUUUUCUGCGGUGGAGUCCUGACGGCGGUGCUGAUGCUGUAUCGAGUGAAGGGCGCCGUUAUCAUUGGAAUACUGUUGGUGUCCAUCAUCUCGUGGCCACGGCCGACGUCGGUGACGUACUUCCCGCAUACCGAGCUUGGAGAUAGCAUGUUUGAUUUCUUCAAGCAAGUUGUCACGUUCCAUCCGAUCAAGCAUACUCUUGUUGCACAAGACUGGGAUAUCUCGGGACAUGGAUCGCAGUUUGGGCUGGCCUUUAUCACGUUCUUGUAUGUGGAUAUCCUCGAUACCACCGGCACGCUGUACUCCAUGGCCCGGUUUGCAGGAACGAUUGAUGCACGCACGCAGGACUUUGAGGGAAGCGCUCUGGCCUAUAUGGUUGAUGCCAUUUCCAUCUCGAUCGGAUCCCUCUUCGGCACGUCUCCAGUUACAGCAUUUGUUGAAAGUGGUGCCGGAAUUUCUGAAGGUGGCAAAACCGGUCUCACCUCUUGCAUGACGGGUAUCUGCUUCUUCAUUGCCGUGUUCUUUGCGCCAAUCUUCGCGUCCAUUCCACCUUGGGCGACCGGCUGCACCCUCGUCAUCGUGGGGGCUCUGAUGGCCAAGGCAGCGGCUGAAAUCAAUUGGCGGUACUAUGGCGACGCGAUUCCGGCCUUCCUGACCAUUGCCAUCAUGCCUUUCACGUACAGUAUUGCGUACGGGCUGAUCGCCGGGAUUCUGAGCUACAUCACCCUGAACGGCAUCGUGUGGCUCAUCGAGAAAGCGACUUUCGGACGGGCCGUACCAGCUAACAAAGACGAGAAAGAACCGUGGACGUGGAAGAUCCCGGGAGGGUUCUUCCCGCCAUGGCUGCGCCGGGCCGCUCGGGGGAAGAAGGACUUUUGGCGGGAGGACGAAGAGGGCCGCGCGCUGGAUGGGGGAUCAGUCGAGUCUCAGGAGAAAAGGAGCGUAGAUGUGGCUGGGAAAGAGGGGUGAAGUUCUGUACUUUUGUAGAUUCAGUAGCUCAUUGGAAUGUAAAGGAAUGGUGAAG